GGCGGCAAUAAAGCUUCCUUUUCCCCUUUCUUUGCGCCUGUGUUGGCCCGCUCUGAUUGGCUGUUAGGCCGCUCGGUUACACCGUUAACGUCACACUGCCCUCUGUCGACGGGGAGGCGCUCCCAACGGCUGUUUUUGGACCGUUGUACUGCCUUUGUUCUGUUUAGUUUAGUUAAAAAUUAACUUUUUAGCUAUUUUUUAAGCGUCAAAGGUUGUUUUUGUAGUUUAUUAACUCGUCGAAUUGUUGCUGUGGGCGCUUGGUCGUUUUACAAUUCUCACAGUUUGGUUUUUGUGGCGCUACUUGUUGCUGCAAAAACAGCUUUUUAUAUCCUAGCGACAGUCUUAACCAUUGAUUGGGUACAUUUUUGACUUGUAUUUCUACUUAUAUUUAAAGAGAAAUAGUUUUUCCUCGGUGUGUUUCCCACAGAGCCGUCCUCCCUGCACUGCAGUCAGUGCACAUUUGGCGUAGGAAGGUCACGUUACAAAGUGGGUCGGCACUAGAGGAGGACUGCGCAAAAACCACGGCCCGGAUUUGUGCCUGCUCUGCUGGCCUGACGUCAUGGGGAGCCUCGGACCUCUUUGACAGGCUCCAGCAACGAGAAGCACCGGGGAUGUGUGAUCAACAUCCAGCGGGCCGGGACAUGUCGACGAGCACACGGCUAGUUUGUGCCACAUACUCGCCCUUAAAGUAAAACCAAGCACGGAGAUUUUUUUCCUCGCUUCUGCGGCGCACCAUGAGAGCGCCUCUCUGCUGUUAAAGGGCUGUUUUCUGCCUCAAAAACGAGCUGUGGAGUCGGGCAGGGAUAAGCAGCCGGAGGACUAAUCCCCCCAGGACGGUCACAUUCACGGCGGGGCUUGGACCCGACAGAAAUGGACAGGGCAGCACGAACUGGAUUAAAUGAUAGGGAAUAAAGGAGACGCCGCGAACAAAGCGAACCUGAAGUGUUAUGCCCGUUAAUCCGUGUGGUCUUUAUUUGACUGGAAAUGGGAGCUUUAACAAGCAGGCAAAACAUAGGCGUGGAAGAAGUGGACAUUCCGUCCAGUUCGGUGUACCGAUAUCCGCCGAAAUCUGGGAGUUACUUCGCCAGCCAUUUCAUCAUGGGGGGAGAGAAGUUUGACUCCACCCAUCCGGAGGGUUACCUGUUUGGGGAAAACACAGACCUUAACUUCCUGGGAACCAGACCUGUGGCGUUCCCGUACGCAGCCCCUCCACCUCAGGAACCAGUAAAGACGUUAAGAAGCCUUAUAAACAUCCGUAAGGACACGCUGCGGCUUGUACGGUGCAGCGAGGACCUGAAGCUGCCGGGUGACGAGGCGGCGGGGAAGAACCGGGCCUGCUACAACGUAGAGUUCACUUUCGAUGCUGACACACAGGUGGCCAUAACGAUCUACUACCAGGCCAUAGAGGAGUUUCACAAUGGAGUGCCAGUUUACCUGCCCCAGGACAGCUCCCUGCAGUCUGAGACGGUGCACUUCAAGAGGGGAGUGUGUCAGCAGUUCUGUCUGCCCUCACACACCGUGAACCUCAGCGAGUGGGCCGACGAGGAGCUGCUGUUUGACAUGGACAAGGAGGUUUUCCCCAUGGUGGUGCAGGCUGUCGUGGAUGAGGGGGAAGAGCAUUUGGGGCACUCUCACAUACUGCUGGCUACAUUUGAAAAGCACAUGGACGGGAGCUACUGCGUGAAGCCUCUGAAGCAGAAACAAGUGGUGGAUGGAGUGAGUUAUCUACUGCAGGAGAUCUAUGGGAUAGAGAACAAAUACAACAGCCAAGAAUCAAAGGUUGCUGACGAUGAGAUCAGUGACAACAGCGCUGAGUGUGUGGUGUGUUUGUCAGAUGUGCGAGACACUCUCAUCCUGCCGUGCAGACACCUGUGUCUCUGCAACGCCUGCGCAGACACUCUGCGCUACCAGGCCAACUGCUGCCCCAUCUGUAGACUGCCAUUCAGAGCUCUGCUGCAGAUCCGAGCCAUGAGGAAGAAACUCAGCCCUCUGUCACCCACCAGCUUUAACCCCGUCAUCACUUCACAGACAUCUGACUCGGAGGAACACUCGGCGUCGGAGCACAUCCCUCCAGGCUACGAGGUUGUGUCUCUGCUGGAGGCGUUAAACGGACCUCUGAGCACCUCCGUGGUGAAUCCUCCUCCUCUGCACUCCGGUCCCAGCCACGUAUCCGGAACGCUGCCCCCGUACAGCAGCGAGCCUCACCCGGCACCGGCCCGCUCCCUCUCCCCUCUCGACCACUCCAACUCCAGUCAGGGACUCAAACUAAAGAAGAGUGGCUCAAAGUCACUUUCCCAGAAUUCCUCUGUGCUUCCUGAGGAGGAGGAUGAGAAGUCCUGCAGUGAAUCAGAGGCUUGUCGCCACAAACUUGCCGUGGACCAGCAGGAGAGCGGAGUGACUCCAGACAGCGAGAACUUGACUCUCUCCUCAUCCGGAGCCAUCGACCACUCGUCCUGCACAGGAACCCCGCUCUCCUCCACCAUCACCUCCCCUGAAGACCCAGUGAGCAGCAGCCUGGUCCAGUCAGUGAUGUCCAUGGCCUCGUCCCACUCGCAGCACUCCCACAUCAGCACUGACACCAUGUCCUCCAUGUCAGGGUCCUACCUGGCCGGGGCCGAAGGCGAAGCCGGGGGGGACGAGGGGGGAGACGACGCCGAGGGCGAGGAGAACCAGGACGCCCCCAUGGAGAGCCGAGGACCGUCGCAGCAAGACGGGGAGUUUUCCAACGAGCCAAAGGAACAAAACUACUCAGUGGGUGUCGAGGAGCAGGACUCAGAGGGGAACGAUGUGACUGAAGAGGACUGCUCCUCCCCGUCUAAUGGGAAAGGUGGGCGGAGCAGGUGUCCAGAGUUGGCCAAUAACAAUCAGGGCGUCGCCCUCUGUGACACGCCCUCUUUGGGGCUGGAUAAUGAGCAGGCUCCCGACAGCCGAUUCGCCGGUCUUAUGUACCUCGGGGGCUACAGGCCUGUUCUGGAGCCCCUCCCCCACCACACCUCCACCAGCAACAUCAACCUGGAGGAGCAGGGUGCUGAGAACAGGGACGGCCAGAGUCCUAAACAUCCACGCCGCGGACCACUCAUUGUGUAACACACACACACACACACACACACACACACACACACACAGACUUCUCUGUCCAGAGUCAGCUCUUCUUACCCUGCCAUAGUGCUGCAUUGCUGGAUACUGUCCUGACUGAGCAGGGAACCCCCACCAUCCAUCUGAACACUUCCCGGACUGAUUGUCGUUGGCGCUGAACUCCUCUCGAGGAGGGAAGAGGAACAGAAGGACAUCACACAUCUGUUGUCUGCACUUUUUUUUUUUUUUUUUUUUUUUUAUCUCACAGGGGUUUCUUUCUUUCUUUGUUUUUAUGUCUGUGACCUUACUCGUUGUGGGAUUUAUUAGCUAAGUUAUUAUUUAUUACCUGUAGGUCUAACCAAUGAGAGCUGCGUAUUGUGACACUAUCUCUAGAAAAAUCCAUGCUGCUCCUCUCCUUUCCUCUAUUACCAGCCAAACAGUCAGGGGCUACUGUGAUCGGCAAUCUGAUUUAUUACUAACUUCUUCUCUCUUAUAAACUGUACAAGUGUGCGGACGGUGUUUAAAAGUCCGCUCAUACCGGACUACCUUAUCUUAGCGAACUGCAGACUCCUCUCUUUGGAUCAGGGAGCUCCCGUCUCAACUUCGCAUGCAGCUUUUCCACCUCUGCUGAUGUUUUCCUCUCAUUCCGGCCACGAUUUACAAACAACCUCUGCUGAAUGUGAAGCAGUCGGACUUGUUAAGGCGGUGGACCAGCCAUGAGAUGGCGGCCAAACUGAACAGAAAUGGACUGAAAACGAGAAAAAGACAGAAUGUAGGACGAUGAAUCUCUUCGAAGGGGAAUGUAUGUGACAUUUAAAUCGUCGUCUAAACUGGAAUUAUACAUGAACUCUUAACUGCUUCUCCACACACACACACACACACACACACACACACACUCACACUCACACUCACACUCACACACACACACACACACACACACACACCGCCAUCCUCUCCUUCUGCAGCUCCAUCUUAGCAUGUCAGUAUUAUCAAACUGGAAACCAACACGUACCACCAAGCAAUAAAGAUGCCGGAGCUGCAUCCUCUUCUUCUCUUCUCCUGCAGGAGGACGCUCACAUGCGGUUCAGACACAAACUGUUUGCACUGGCCUGUUACAUUUGAAUUCAGACAUUUCAAAGUGAUUAAAUGAUAUUUUUUAUUUUGCCAUUAUAAAAGGGAUUCAAUGUGAGAAAAAACAUAAUUUGAAAACCUAAAACAUGAGAUUUAGGCCACAUUGUGGUUAGCUGGUAUCUCGUUCACCCUCUUCUUCUCUCCCCGACGAGCCCUUUUCUCCUCGUUUAUGAAGCUUUUUAGUUGUUUUUUUGUAUAACUUAAAUGUAUAGCUCACCUGAUGUCGAUGUUCUCUGUUAACCGUGUUUUUAAUUUGUUGCAAAACACUGUGUCGUUUACUAGAAUGUGGAUGAAAAAUAUGUGAAAAAUUUGUAAAGGUUUACACACUAGCGUGCACACACACACACACACACACACACACACACACGUGUGCGCUCACGUAACAAAUAACUGAAAAGGGACGACAUCAACAUUUAAUGCACUAUUAGCUGAUUCCUAGACGACACACUUUGCGGUGCAUGAGGCGAUAGUAGAGUAAGCAUGUUAGUCUAGGUCAGCCUGCACCCUCCUGUAGAAUACUUGAUGAUGGAUCACUGCACACACGUAAAGCCGGACCAUAUCCUUCUGCAGUGUUAAAUAUCGGUUGCUGGCUCUCUACUCCCUCGGCCCGAGCGGUCGAGAUUACUGCACUACUAUAUCCAAGCUGCAAACAGUCACUUGAUCACAGUCCGAAUGUGUAGAUGAAGCCGUUCUCUGGCACCAGGCGCAGUAUGAUAUCAAAGGAAUGGGUCCCGAAUCUGCAAGACCCCCACUUUUCUAGAACUACGAGUGAAAAAUGUCAAAGAAAACAUCAAACGGACAAUAAAGUUUUUGCAACUAAA